AUGGCAGGUGUCAGCAGCUGCAUGAAGUACUCCAUGUUCAUCUUCAACUUCAUCUUCUGGGUGUGUGGCUCCAUCAUCUUGGGAGUCUCCAUAUGGAUCCGUGUUAGCAAAAAUGCUCAGCAGGAGUUGGAGAUAAACAGCAGCCUGUUUGCAGGGGUGGAUCUGCUGAUAGCUGUGGGCUCCAUCAUCAUGGUCCUUGGGUUUCUGGGCUGCUGUGGUGCCAUAAAGGAAAGCCAGUGCAUGCUGCUUUUGUUUUUUAUUGGACUGCUUCUAAUCCUGAUCCUUCAGGUCACAGGAGGUGUUUUGGGAGCAGUGUACAGAUCACAGAUUGAAACAUCCCUUAACCAGACUCUCAUGGACAGUGUGGACAAGCUGCAAAGCUCUACAGAAGAAUCUAAAGUGUUUCAAGAGAAGUUCCAGAAGUUUGAGGAAAUGAACCAGUGCUGUGGCUUGCUGAAUGGACCUGCAGACUGGGGCAAAAACUUUGAUGUCUCUCUUGGAGCCAAUAAAAUCUGUCAGUGUGAAGUACAGAAGCCAUCAGCAGACCUCUGCACCUAUUUUCAAGGCAGACUGAUAUAUAAAAUGACCUGUGGGGAUGUGAUUACCAAAUACCUUAAAAGCCAUCUGCUCAUCAUCCUGGGGAUCGCCUUUGGACUGGCUGUCAUCGAGAUUCUUGGUUUAGGGUUUUCUAUGAGCCUCUACUGCCAGAUCCAGAGAAAAUGAAACCACUCGAGUGUCAGAUGGAUGUCACCAGCCAAAGCAAAGCCUUCACAGAUAGGAGGGCAUUGGCUUGGCGGCUGCGGAUAAGCAGAUGCAUAUUCCAGGCAGCUGUUCCCAUGCCAAGAGCAGCCCUCAGGCACACAGAUGACCUCCUUGUAAUUCAUAGGGUUUAGUGCCACAAAUGGCAAUU